AUGUCUGUUGCUCCUCGUCCCGCGUUCGCAGAGGUGGUGAGAGUAAGCGAGAGAUUAAAGACUCCGCACCUCGACUCAAAUGGUAAUACUGUUCAGCCUGAUACUCCAAAUGGCGGACUAUCCUACCACUUGUGUGAUGCCCCCGUUGAGAACUUCAGACCAGUCAAGGUCCUUGUGAUAGGAGCUGGCUACUCAGGAAUUUUGUGUGGAAUAAGGAUUCCCGAGAGGAUCCGCAAUGUCGAUGUGGCAAUCUAUGAUAAGAAUAGCGGUAUCGGUGGUGCGUGGUACGAGAACAGAUAUCCCGGAUGUGCGUGCGAUGUACCUUCACACUCGUACCAAUACUCAUUCGAGCCAAACCCAGAGUGGACCUCGUUAUACGCGCCGGCCAACGAGAUACGGCAGUACCUUACGCGCACUGCUAAGAAAUACGGUGUAGAUCGAUUUAUCAAGUUGAAUCACAAAGUCACGAGAUGCCGAUACAAUGGCGACACUGGAAAGUGGCACCUCACCAUUGUCAAUUUACUUUCGGGUCAGAUCUCUGAAGAUGUAGGAGACAUCUUAAUAAGUGGAAGAGGCAACCUGAAUAGUAUAUCUUGGCCCAAGAUCAAGGGCCUAGAGACUUUCAAAGGCGAAUUAAUGCAUUCCGCUAGUUGGAACGUAAACUACGAUUUUACAGCGAAGCGGAUAGGAGUCAUCGGAUCUGGCAGUUCCGCAAUUCAAAUCAUUCCUCAGUUGCAAAAAGUGCCCGGCGCUCGUCUAUCAUGCUUCAUUCGAAGUCCCACGUGGAUUAGUCCUCCAUUCGGACAGCAGCUUUGGGACACACUGGGCAUGAAAGGAACUGAAAUACCUGAAGAACUCCGAGAAACUCUCAAGAUGGAUCCUGCCGAAUAUCUCAAGUUUCGCCUACGUAUUGAAGAGUACGGCAACUCAAUCCACGGAUCUACGUUUAGAGGUUCUCCACAGCAGACGGCAUCGCAAGCAGAUUUCGAGGCCUAUAUGAAGUCUAAGCUUGCUGAUAGACCAGAUAUAUUAAACACUCUACGUCCGUCCUUUUCACCGGGCUGUCGCCGCCUAACCCCCGGUCCAGGGUUUUUGGAAGCACUAACCGAACCCAAUGUUCAGGUCAUCAAGGACGAGAUUCGUGAGAUUGAAUUCAACGGUAUCCGUACCGCAGACGGCACUUUGCAUCGCAUGGACGCCUUAGUGUGUGCCACGGGCUUCGACACCGGAGCUGCGCCACCGUUCCCGGUUGAAGGUGAAGGAGGCACACUUCUGCAAGCAAAAUGGAAAGAUCGGCCGACAAACUACCUCUCUGUCGCUGUGGAUGAGUUCCCAAACCAUUUCAUGAUGCUUGGUCCGAACGCUGCUAUUGGCUCUGGAUCUUUGACUAUGAUGAUUGAAGGAGCGAAUGAUUACAUUGUCAAAUGCAUCCGUAAGAUCCAGAAAGAAAAUAUAAAGUCUAUGGUGGUAAAGGCGGCACGAGUCCGCGACUUUACUGCGUACGUUGAUGCGUAUUUCGAGAAGACGGUCUACACAGAGGAAUGCCGCAGUUGGUACAAGAAGAAUGGCAAAGUGGUGGGCCUAUGGCCUGGAAGUACGUUGCACUGCCUUGAGUCAUUACGAUCUCCACGCUGGGAGGAUUUCGAGUACGAGUACAUUGGAGAGUCUCGCGGCGUAGAGGUCAAUAGGAUGGCGUGGCUGGGAAAUGGAUGGAGUGAAAGGCAGCUGGAGAAGAAAGAUCUCGCGUGGUAUCUAUAUCCCGAGUUUCAGGAAGUGCCAGCUCCUGGAAAGCCAGAGGAGUCAGAGAGGUAUAGGAUACGCCCGUUCUCGCAUUGA